UACGAGUUAAUUGCUUUUCCAGAAGCUUGAAGUUUCUUGUAAUUAUUAUUAUGUACGUACCAACAUUUUUGAAAAAUAUUUUAGAAGGCAAUGAAAUUUGCCGCGCAUUUGAGCGCCCAUAUAACCCCAGAAUGGCGCAAGCAGUAUGUGCGCUACGAGUAUCUGAAAGAGAUGCUUUACUACGCACAGGAACAAGCACCUCCUCCCGAUACCUCAGACGAAGAGACUAUUCGAAGAUACUACGCCAAAUUUGAUCAAAAGUUCUUCACACAGUGUGAACAAGAACUGAACAAGAUCAACAUGUUUUUCUCGGAAAAGCUCGCAGAGGCACAUCGUAAGUGGGCCAAUUUGCACUCGGAGUUACAGUUGGCGAAAAGUCGAAGAACCGAAGACACGAUUUCGACCAUUAAGAACAGGGCAUCAACCAGAAAAGAUUCGAUAUUCCCGGCAACUCUUAUAGUCACUGACAAACGCCAGAAGGUGUUGGCUCAGCAUGCUCGGAAGAUUUCAGAUUUGAAGUUGGCGUUUAGUGAGUUCUAUCUCAGUCUGAUUUUAUUGCAGAAUUAUCAGUCUCUGAAUUUCACCGGGUUCCGCAAGAUACUGAAGAAGCAUGACAAGGUAUUUGAUCAGGACAGUGGGACUGGGUUCCGAGUGAACAAAGUGGAGAGCGCACCUUUCUACACGAAUAAGCAGAUUGAUAAGCUAAUCCACGAGUGUGAAGAAACGUAUAUUUCAGAGUUGGAGGAAGGUAACAGGACUCGUGCCAUGAAGAGGUUAAGAGUGCCACCUUUGGUCGACCAGGAGUCCCCCAAAACUACUUUUUUCAUGGGGUUCUUCUCAGGAAGUGUCGCUUUCAUGUCAGUGGCAAUCAUUAUUAUCGCAAUAUUUGUAAGCGAGUACCAUAGAGAUUCUUCCUGGAGUGCUUACGUCACUAUUUACAGAGGAAUGUUCCUGGUCAUUUUCUUAACCGGACUCCUAGGUGUGAACACAUUUGGCUGGCGCAAAUACGGAGUCAAUCAUGUGCUUAUUUUUGAACUGGACCCACGUGAUCAUAUAUCGUUUCACGAGUUGCUUGAAGUCGCAUUCUUCCUAGCAACUGUAUGGUGCAUGAGUGUAAUCUUGUUUUUGUUCUCACCUGUGAUUGGAGUCGACAGAUUCGUGAGUCCUUUAGCGUGUUUUGCGUUCUUCGUUUUCUUCUUAUUCAACCCAAUUCACUCGUUUAAAUACAAAGCCCGAUUCUGGCUCAUAAGGUACUUGUUCCGGAUAGUGACAGCACCCUUAUUCCCUGUCAGUUUUCCAGACUUCUGGCUUGCAGACCAACUGAACAGUUUAUCGACCAUGUUGCUAGACAUGGAGUUCCUCUUUUGCUACUAUAUAUUCGAGCUCGAUUGGUUCAUCACACCGCAGAACGAUGACACUAAAAUAUGUGGCAGUUACAGAUACGGAGUUAGAAUCAUAGUUGCAAUGUUGCCGGCUUGGUUCCGAUUCGCUCAGUGUCUCAGGCGUUACUACACCACAAAGAAAGUUCAUCCGCAUCUGGUCAAUGCAGGCAAAUAUUCGACAACUUUUGUCGUUGUCUCGUUAUCAGCUGCUGUUUCGUUGUAUAAAGAGAAUCACGGUUUCCACUACACUCCCUUACUUGUCUGCUGGUUUCUCGCAUGUGUGAUGUCGUCUUGUUAUACUCUCAGCUGGGAUCUGAAAAUGGACUGGGGUCUACUUUCCUUUUCAACCUCUUCCCCAUCUUCAAGUGCUGAUUCUGGGGACGUUGGUGGAGACUGGUGCCACAACGCUCUGCUGAGAGAAGAAACAGUAUACCCCAGUAAAGCUUUCUACUACUUUGCCAUUGUUCAGAACUCUUUACUUCGCUUUGCAUGGUGCUUCAGCUACGCCUGUACUGUAGGCGGCUUCAUGGACUCAAAUCUUCUAACGUGUGUCCUAUCGGUGCUAGAAGUGUUUCGUAGGUUCAUGUGGAACUACCUUCGUCUGGAGAAUGAGCAUCUGAAUAAUUGUGGUGAGUUCAGAGCCACCAGAGAUAUAAGUAUUGCUCCUUUGGAAGAGGAUCACCAGGCACUCCUCUGUGAGAUGAUGGACAACCCUGACAUGCUCAUCAGACGCAGAACUCCCAACUUUUCACCAGGUCUUAUUCAAUAUUCCAACGAAACCAAACAUUUACUCGCCAGAUCAAACACAAAUGACCCCAGUUUAAAUGUCCAGCAAGGUCCUGGGCAAAGCCCAGAUGAAGAAGAUGACGAUGAUGAUUGAUCGUCAAAAAUGAUCAUUUCACUUCCUCCAAUUCGCACAAAUCGCCAUAUUCAGUUAAACUGCAGGUUAACAGCGAACCUAAAACACUUCUAUCUUCAUAUUCAAAUUCAAUUAUUUAUAAUUAGCUCAAUUUGAAGCUCAAAAAAUCUUUUUUUUU